UGGUUUGCAACUUUGGAAAAGGGAGGAUGUUGCUCUCCGACCCGUUUCGUUUUUGCACCGGGGAUUGUUUUGGUUUCGGGUUUGAAGGCAGCUGUCAGGAAAGCGGCGUGCAAAUUCAUCAGGCCUCCCCCCUCCCCCCUUUUGAUAUUUUGUCUGUAUUUGGAGAGCCUUGUCAAGUAAACAGCGGUGAAACGGGGAGCUUCGUUAGCUAAUGGACUCCAAAGAAUCAUUAAACCCCCCUGGUGGAGAAGAAACCACAAAAAGCGUGCAUUGUCGGGACGGAGGAGGAGGAAAUGUCAUGAACUUCUAUACAACCUUAAGGGGUGGAGCUAUCGUGAAGGUUUCUGCAUCUUCAUCCCCACUGGCUGCCGCAUCUCAGUCAGAGACCAAGCAGCAGCUGGUUUUGGGUGAUUUUUCCAAAGGCUCAGUAAGUAAUGCGCCACCCCAGCCGGAUCUUUCUAAGGCCGUUUCUCUCUCCAUGGGACUCUAUAUGGGCGAAACAGAAACAAAAGUGAUGGGAAAUGACCUGGGAUUUCCACAGCAGGGCCAAAUUGGGGUUUCUUCUGGAGAAACGGACUUCAGACUCCUCGAAGAGAGCAUCGCCAGCCUCAAUAAGUCGUCCGGCGUGCCGGAGAGCUCUAAGGGUCCGGCGCCCGCUGGGCCCGACAAGGAGUUUCCAACGACGACGGAUUGUGAUCUUGCUUUAGAGCAGCGGACUUCAGUUCAAGGCCAGACUGGCGCAACCGGUGGCAACGUGAAGCUGUAUACCGAAGACCAAAGUACCUUUGAUAUUCUGCAAGAUUUAGAGUUGCCCACCAGGUCGCCCGGCAGGGAGGCCAACGAUAGCCCCUGGAGAUUAGACCCUCUGCUGGAAGAGGGUGGUUUGCUUUCUCCUUUGGGAGCAGACGAUCCAUUUCUCUUAGAAGGAAGCGCCAGCGAAGACUGCAAGCCUCUUCUUUUACCGGACACUAAGCCUAAAAUCACCGAGCAUGGAGAGCUGCUUCUCCCCAGUCCCAGCGUGCAGAUGCCUCAAGUGAAAAUGGAGAAAGAAGACUUUAUUGAACUCUGUACCCCAGGGGUGAUAAAACAAGAGAAAGUGGGCACAGUUUACUGCCAAGCCGGCUUUCCCGGGGCGAAUAUUCUCGGUAACAAAGUAUCUGCCAUUUCCGUUCAUGGUGUCAGUACCUCUGGAGGACAGAUGUACCACUAUGAUUUGAAUACUGCGUCCCUUUCUCAGCAGCAGGAUCAGAAGCCUAUUUUUAAUGCCAUUCCAACUCUUCCUGGUAGUUCAGAAAGUUGGAAUAGAUGCCAGGGAUCUGGGGAUGACAGUUUGACUUCCUUGGGAACUUUAAACUUUGCUGGUCGACCUGUGUUUUCCAACGGCUAUUCAAGCCCCGGAAUGAGACCAGAUGUAAGCUCUCCACCAUCCAGUUCCUCAACGUCGACGGGACCACCUCCCAAACUCUGCCUGGUUUGCUCUGACGAGGCCUCGGGGUGUCAUUACGGAGUCCUGACCUGCGGGAGUUGCAAAGUGUUCUUCAAAAGAGCCGUGGAAGGUAGACAACAUAACUACCUUUGUGCUGGAAGAAAUGAUUGUAUUAUAGAUAAAAUUCGGAGAAAAAACUGUCCUGCUUGCCGCUAUCGAAAAUGUCUUCAAGCCGGAAUGAAUCUAGAAGCUCGAAAAACCAAGAAAAAGAUCAAAGGAAUCCAGCAGGCUGGUGCAACUGCAGGGAGAGAGGCUUCGGAAAGUCCUGUCAACAAAAACUUGGUUCCUGCAUCCUUGCCCCAGCUCACCCCUACUCUGGUUUCAUUGCUGGAGGUCAUUGAGCCAGAAGUGUUGUAUUCAGGUUACGACAGUUCCAUGCCCGAUUCGACUUGGAGGAUUAUGUCAACGCUCAACAUGCUAGGAGGCCGCCAGGUGAUUGCCGCCGUAAAAUGGGCAAAGGCAAUACCAGGUUUCAGAAAUUUACACCUGGAUGACCAAAUGACCCUGCUUCAGUACUCCUGGAUGUUCCUGAUGGCUUUUGCCCUAGGAUGGAGAUCAUACAAACAAUCAAGUGCAAACCUGCUGUGUUUUGCUCCAGAUCUGAUUAUUAACGAGCAGAGAAUGAACUUACCCUGCAUGUAUGACCAAUGUAGGCACAUGCUUCUGGUGUCCAAUGAACUGCAACGGCUCCAGGUUUCAUACGAAGAGUAUCUCUGCAUGAAAACCUUGCUGCUUCUCUCUACAGUUCCCAAGGAAGGCUUGAAGAGCCAGGCCCUAUUUGACGAAAUCCGCAUGACUUACAUCAAAGAGCUGGGAAAGGCCAUAGUCAAGAGAGAAGGGAACUCCAGUCAGAACUGGCAGCGAUUCUAUCACCUGACAAAACUUUUGGACUCCAUGCACGAUGUAGUUGAAAAUCUCCUAAGCUAUUGCUUCCAAAGUUUUUUGGAUAAAUCCAUGAGUAUUGAAUUCCCGGAGAUGUUAGCCGAAAUCAUCAGCAAUCAGAUACCAAAAUAUUCUAACGGAAACAUAAAAAAACUCUUAUUUCAUCAGAAGUGACCGCCUUAAUAUGAAAAGGUUGCCUUAAAGAAAGUUGAAUUUAUAGCUUUUAUUGUACAAACGGAUUCGCUCAUUUCUGUCCUCGCAACGGUGUUUCUUUUGUAAUUAUGCACUACACGUGGUUUAUAGAGGGCCAAGAUUCGGGCUCUAACAGCCGUCGAUUAGUCACUUCUCAGUGAUUGGCAGGGAGUGGGGAGGAGGCGGGAGGGGAGGAAAGUCCUGGGAAUUGGCCUGGCCCCCAGGCCUGCCCACGGAACCCCAGCUCCAGGCUCUGAGUGUGGAACCCUCUGCUCGAUGGCGUCACGGGCGGCUGGAGAACAUUUUCUAGAAAAAUUUUUUUUUUUUUGGUCGUGGUUUUUUUUUUCCUUCUCCUGUAUAGUUGAGAUAGCAUUUUGAUUUAUGCAUGUAAUCUGAAAAAGAAAAAAAAAGUUUACAAGUCUAUAUCAGAAAAGGGAAGUUGUGCCUUUUAUAGCUAUUACUGUCUGGUUUUAGCAAUUUCUUUUACCUUUCUAUACCGUGAACUGGCUUGGUCAUUUUUUUUUCUUACAUCAUUUUUUGUAUUCAAGUUGCCUGUUGUACAGCUGUUUAUUUUCAAGGUGGGCAGCUAGCUCCCAGCUUUCCGGAAGGAACUCUAAACAUGAAUCUCGACGUAUCCCGUGUGUGAAAAUGGGUCGGUGCUUCUACCGUGAUGGCUUUGGGCCGGCAGGCAAAACCACAGCCAUCUAACCUGUCGGGAGACUUUGCCAGUCUCUGCCUAUUAACUCGACCGAAAAGUCCCAUUUUGUAUAUAUCGGCAUCAACACACUGAAUAUACAGGUCUGUGCAAUGGAACUAUCCCACCUGGCUGCUGGAGCCCAGAGCCGUGGCCAAGCCCCGGGCAGGCGCUCCGUAAGUAGACUUGUUGGUGGUGAAUCUCUUCAAAGGACGAGCAAGCACUUAAAGCCCCAGCUGUACCAAGGCCAGCCUUGAGCCGGGUGACUAGGAAGAGCGUUCCGGUUGAGAACGUCCAGCAUGACUUCAACGGAGUUAUGCUUCCAAGCAGAGAACUUCAGUCUUAUUCCAUCCUUAAAGGCUCCCAGGCAGAGAUCCAGUUGGAAAGGUCCCGCUCGCCCCUGGCACUUGUGGGUGUGACUCUAAAGGCCGUUUCCUCUCGCUAAUCCUCCCUCCCCCGCGGUUGGCCCAAGCGAUAAAGCAGGUCCCGGCUCCGUCCUCCAGGUCACCGGCUGGAAAGGUGUACCCGUGGUUAGGCGCCCAUUUUCACAUUCCCAUCUGUCACUGAUCAGUUCAUCUUUCCUGGAGUCCAGGGAAGUUCAGCUACUGAGUUUGUGGUUUGGAAUUGUGUCUGACUUCUUGUCUUUGUGAGGCUCCAUCUUCUCAUCGAUUACUCUAAGUGUGCCAUAUAAUUACCAUAAGUCUUGUGAAUUUCUCCUUGUCACCGUUGAUAAUUCUAUUUUAAACAAUUUAGAAGCUGUAGUAGCCCUUUCUGUGUGCACCUUACGACCUUUCUGUCAAGUCAAAACGUACAUAUUUACUAAAGCCACUCUAAAUUUGAUUUCUACUCAGUGGCCAAAUUAUCUGUGUAAUAGAAACUGAAAAACAAAUCAUCUAAAUAAUAUUAAAAUAUGAAACUUCUAAUAUAUUUUUAUAUUUAGUUCUAGUUUCAGAUAUAUAUCAUAUUGGUAUAUUCACUAAUCUAGGAAGAAAAGGGAAGGGCUACUGCAGCUUUAAAUGCAAUUUAUUACAAUGAUUGUAAAAUAGCUUGUAUAGUGUAUAAUAAGAAUGAUUUUUAGAUGAGAUUGUUUUAUCAUGACACAUGUUAUAUAUUUUUUGUAGGGGGUCAAAGAAAUGUGGAAGGACAGCGAGAGGCUAAGAUUUUUUGGUUUGUGUGAGCGUUGAUCUUGGAAACAAAGUGACCAUUCUGGAGAGAGUGUGAAAAAAGGGGUGGCGAGAUAGGCUGGGCCUGGCUGCGGUUGCAGGGUUUUGGUCCCCCCUCCUCAGAGCAGUGGGAGGGUCUGCAUCCGAGCCCCUACCUGGAGAGCGGAGAGCCCAGCACAAGGUUGCGGGCACCGUCCGGACCCUGGAGUCCCUCUCAACAUACAGCAGAGCAAAAACAAACAGCUUGAGAAGUUUGGCAAUAAAUAAAGCAUACAGGUACCAGCAAUAUGUAAAUAUGGCACAUCCUUUUUUUUUUUCCCCCAUAGGUCGUCACAAUACACUAAUUCCUUUCUGGCAUACCGCAGAGAGCUCAUUUCCAAGAAAAGGGGCGUGGAGGCUGUGUUAACUUGGAAUCUAUUUGAAUGCUAUUCUCAUAAAACGUUAUCUUCAGGAGUUUGGAGAAACGAUCAUGUUUAAUAAAAAAAAAAAGUAAUCAUUCUGUUCGCAUUUUGAAUGAUCUCUGAAGGUUAAAUUCACUGCAGAGUGCCUAAGAUGGGUGUCAGAGUAUUUUUUAAGUAGCUGCUGGUAACUCACCUGAAGGGGAGAUGAUUGUUCCAGGCUUGAGUAGGAGGUACUGUUCAAAGGCUGAAGGGACUCCGUUUCUCCCAAGAGGCUCUAGAAAUGUAAAUUAUUUCUCUUUUAGGUAAUGUUACACAAUUGGAAAUGGGAUGUGUCACUUCUUUUCAUCCCAGCAAUCUCAGCUUGCCAAACCUUUCAGGCAUUGGUCGGUAAGAUGGGAGCAGAGUCAGGGUCCAUCUAAGAGUCCAUCUAAGCCUACGGCAAGCCCACAGACCUGUCUCAAAAUCCACACGUCCCUUGAGGCCGUUUGCUACGGUGAGGCCCUGUUGCAGUCAUGGCCGGGGUAGAAAGUAUGAGGUUGGUUGCUCUUUGCAGAUGCUCAUGGCUCACAGUGAGGGACUGCGCAAGAAUGUAGAUAUUUGAGGCCAACCUUCGCCCCCACCUCUGGGAGAUUCGUUUUUGCCAACCCAGUCAUUUAGCCCCCGUCCCCUUUUGGAUUAGGGGGAGGUAGCCCUCGAGGUAAAGAAAUACUCCCAGAUAAAGCUGGGAGAUUUAGACCACCCACCCCCACCACCACCAAGGCCUUACGUGGGAGGGGCAAGCCAGUAGGGGAGGUGUAACACAUGCCGAACAUGGGAAAUGAGCUGCACGAAACCGCUUAGAGCACCGGACGGUGCUUAAGGUGGGCCGGAGGCUAGGAAGCUGACCCAAAGGCGAGGGCUAACUGACUCCGAGUCUCGAAGGUCAGAAAUUUGGGAAAUCGGACAACUCUCCCUGCCGUCCCUUCCCGUGGAGCCAAGGGAGAGCGUCCCCAGUGUGAAAGCAAUCUGAUCGGCACCUGGGAACCUGCCCUCCUUUCUUCCCCUUUCUUUAGGCCAAGCCAGGGAAGCGUGGGAAUGUGAAUCUAUCGUGGCCCCUCACGCAUUUGCCACAUUGUGCCAAGAUCAAUGGCUCUUUCCAGUAACGGAAUCAGCCCCAGGCCGCCCCGGGUCUCCAACUCCAAUCGUUUGCCCCCUCUCCUCCAGACGUGGGAUCGUUCACACGCUGAACCGAUCCAUCACAGGUCAGGAGUAAAAAAAUGCGCGGAAACCCAAAGUAGGUUCCCAUCGCGCUUAGUCGCCCGGAAGGGCUCUGCCCGCAGGGUCGGGAGUGGUGGGGUUGGCAUGUCUAGCCAGGCCUGAUUCCAAGGCUGGGCAAGGGGGAAGAGGCUUCAGAACAGGGAACGAGGCAGGGAGUCUGAGUCCUUUUGAAACAGUUUUUCAAAGUGGAUCGCACGGUAGCUAAAUGGUUCCAAAUGCCAUCACUUCACCCAGGGUCUGGCCCCAGGUUGGCAAACACUGUUGUGAUGAUAAUGAGAACCAAGUUUUCCGGAAAGGAAAAGAGCCUCUUGACGAGUGCUUGGAAUAAGGCUUUUGUUUCCUAAUUCAAGGCUGUGUGUGUCUGAAAUUACCCCUCCCCCCACACCCCUGGCAUAACCUGCUAAGUACGUAUAGAUUCCAGUGUGUCAAUAUUCUAUUUUGUAUAUUAAACAAAAGCUAUAUAAUGGGGACAAAUCUAUAUUAUACUGUGUAUGGCAUUAUUAAAAAGCUUUUUCAUUAUUUUUUAUCACAGUAAUUUUAAAACCGUGUAAAAAAUUAAAACCAGUGACUCCUGUUUAAAAAAGAAAAGUUGUAGUUUUUUAUUCAUGCCGAAUAAUAACUCUGUAGUAAAAAUGUCUUUUCACCUACUCAGUGAAAUGUUGGACUGUAAAAUCUUGUGUGGAACUGUUUAACUUUUAUUUUUCAUUUAAAUUUGUUGUUCUGGUAAUACCAAACCACACAUUUGUACAGAAUAUGCAGUAAAUGUUAGUCAUUUACAGCAAUGCCGAAUUAUUGGACAGAAAUCAUAUAAUAAAAACCUGCUUUUUUAUUUAA